GGCGGCCCCCGCACAUUCAUCAUCAUCAUCAUCAGCGUCCUGCUGCGCGCGCGCCCUGUUUCAAAACACACAGGCAGGCAGACAGAGGCGCGCGUGCAGCAGGACGGAUCGUUUGGCUCCGCGUGCAGCAGGAACAGUAGUUUGAAUUCACAGAAUAAGACCCCACUUCUUCUUCUGUGGUGGUUUCCCAUUGCUGUCUCCGAGCCUGGGAUGCGUGCGCAGCGGCAGCUUUCUGGGACUUUUAAACGAGGGUCGCGUGCGUGACUUUUUCUCGGAUGUCACAGUGACCACCGCUGCCAUGGACACGAACAACAACAACAACAACAACAACAACCCAGGAGGCGUGAUCUCCUACGUGGGCUCCUCCGGAGGCUCUCCCACUCGGACCAGUCCGGUCUCCAUGUACAGCGAGAACUCCAACUCCCAGUCCUUCUUCACCUCCUCCUCCUCCCUCACCCCGCCCUUCCUCAGCUCCGGCUCCAGCUCAGGGUCAGCCGGAGACGACGGCUCCUCCUCGGCCUCCUCCUCGGCGGGAGGCUCGCCUCGAGGCCGCGACGACGGCGGCUCUCUGAGGACGUCGCCCAGCAAGUCUGUGGCCAGUCUGACCAAGCUGAACGGCAUGGUGCUGCUCUGUAAGGUCUGCGGCGACGUCGCCUCGGGUUUCCACUACGGCGUGCACGCCUGCGAAGGCUGCAAGGGCUUCUUCCGCCGCAGCAUCCAGCAGAACAUCCAGUACAAGAAGUGUGUGAAGAACGAGAGCUGCACCAUCGUGAGGAUCAACAGGAACCGCUGCCAGCAGUGCCGCUUCAAGAAGUGUCUGUCUGUGGGCAUGAGCCGCGACGCGGUGCGUUUCGGGCGGAUCCCGAAGCGCGAGAAGCAGAGGAUGUUGGCCGAGAUGCAGAGCGCCAUGAACAACAUGGUGAACGACCAGCUGCAGAGCGACUUCCAGCUCGCCAGCCUGUCGUCGUCCUCCUCUUCCUCAUCCUCUUCCUCCUCGCCGUGCCCAGGGGUGACCAUCGCCCCCCAGCCUCAGCCCUCAGCCCUGCCUCCAGCCCCCUCCUCACCCUCCCCGCCUGCUUCGGCUUCCUCUUCCUCCCCACCGCCACUGCCUCUUCCCACCCAUCAGAGCUCCUCCCCCUCCUGCUCCCCACCCCCCAGCCCCGGCAUGGACUCCACCAUCAGCGCCAUUGCUCGCGCUCACCGCGAGACGUUCCUAUAUGCUCACGACAAGCUGGCCAAUAACCACGUACACCACAAUGGAGAGGCGGAGCUCUGGCAGCCCAACCGCUGCCCAAACGGUUACCAUGCCAACGGCCUCAACACCAUCUACCACCACAAUAACAACCUGGCCACAGAGUGCUACCUACCGGAAAACAGCCGCACACAUCAUCACCGUAGCAACGGGAGGCAAAGCCAGCAGAGCUUUCCCGCUCGUCAUGUGACCCAGGAGCAGCGCUGUCCAAUGAAGAAGCAGACGGGGAUCGUGCUGGCUUGUCCAAUGAACAUGCAGCCUCACGCCGACCCCUCGAAGACCCCGCAGCAGAUAUGGGAGGACUUCUCGCUGUCCUUCACGCCCGCCGUCAGGGAGGUGGUAGAGUUCGCCAAACAUAUCCCAGGAUUCAGCGGUCUGUCCCAGAACGACCAGGUGACCCUGCUGAAGGCCGGCACCUUUGAGGUGCUGAUGGUGCGUUUUGCGUCGCUGUUUAACAUGAAGGAGCAGACGGUGACGUUCGUCUCCGGCGCCACCUACAGCCUGCAGGAGCUGCGGGCGAUGGGCAUGAGGGACCUGCUGGGAGCCAUGUUUGACUUCAGCCACAAGCUGGCGGCGCUGGAGCUGGACAGCGAGGAGCUCGGACUCUUCACUGCCGUGGUGCUCGUGUCAGCAGACCGCUCCGGCAUCGAAGACGUGGCGUCGGUGGAGCAGCUGCAGGAGAAUCUGAUCCGCGCUCUUCGCUCGUUGGUCAACAAGUCGCCCGUCGCCCCAGAGAGCGAGCACCUGGACGUGGACUCGCCGCGCUUCACCAAACUGCUGCUGAAGUUGCCCGACCUGCGAACGCUCAACAACAUGCACUCUGAGAAGCUGCUGUCCUUCCGCAUCGACGUUUGAUGACAUCACUGCGAUGUCACCACAUCGCCACGCUCUCCAGCCCUUAACAUUGCAACGUCAUCCAGACCGCAUCGGACUGGCAGGAUGAUGAUGUCCUCAGCAGAACUUUUCAAGACAUGCGUCUCCCCGCCAAAAUAAAAGUCUGCUUUACACAGCUGGUUGAUGUUUUAAAGGAGCACGCCGCCAUUUUUAAACCACACUAUUUUAACCUGUGUAAGCCCAAACCGCCCUAUGACAGCUGGGAUAGGCUCCAGCGCCCCCCGCGACCCUGAAAAAGGAUAAGCGGAAGCGAAUGGAUGGAUGGAAGCCCAAACCGUUAGCUUAGCCUAGCCAGCCCAGUUCUUUGACUUUACUGGAGCGUCGCCAGCAGGAAGUGUGAAAGACAAAAGAAAGAAGCGUGAAGGACGUGGACGACGACAGUCAGACACAUUUCAGCCGAGUACGCUAACUGACGAGCUCACACAGAAGAAACCUGUUCGUUCAGCUUCACUUCCACUUCCUGUUGAUGUCAUCAUUCUGUCUGAUUUUAGCUUCGUUAACGUUCAUGAUGAGUUCAGACGCUUUUAAUUUGAAAGUUUUCCCAGCUGGAGACAGAUGCACACUAAAAGUAGCUCUUUCAAACGUCUUCACCAUAAACACACGAGUAAUGUGGACGCAUCCAGCAGCUUUUAAUGAUUUUAAGGACUUUGGGAUCAGCUCCUUCGAUUUUCAGCGGCCGGCGAUCUCUGACUGCAGCGGCCUCCGCUUCCACUCUGCAGGAAACAGAAACUCUUCCAGUACGAACUGAUUCAUCCUGAACUUCCAAACUGUGGAGCGCCCGGAAUGAUGACUCCACCCACUAAAGAGACGGAGGAGGCGGGCCGUGACCUGGUGACGCCUCAGACAAACCUUAUGCAGCUGAUGUUCUGUAAAGAAACUGUACAUAGCCAUGAACACAAAGAUCCAGCUAUACUUGAACUGUUUGCCCUGAGAUGUGUUGUACACAACUAUUUUUGGUUAAUAUGAAUAUAUGCCUGUGCAGAUAUCGUGACUAUUAAAGUAUGUACGAGCGAGGAAGUGCACCUGAUGAAAGAAGAUCUCUGAUGUGUUUUAAUCUGUGGUUUAUGUUGUAAAGACGUUAUAUAAAAAUAUAUAAAAUUACAUAUAAAUAUAUGCACACAUGAA